UGCAGGCCGAAGGCAGAAGGCUAAAGGCGCGGUGCGGCCGCGGCGCCGAGUGCGGGCGUGCGCGCGCACAGCGGGCGGCGAGCGGGCGCGGGCGGUGCGCGGCCCAGUGGCGUGCAGCGCGCGCCGCGGACGCCCGCACCGGCCGCACCGCAGUGUCGAGCAGGAGCCCGCCAUGCCCGGCCCGCGCCUCUCCCGCGCCGCCUGACAGCAUGGCCCACCCGACCGCCACCACCACACGCAGCCACGCUCUGACCACGGUUGGCGGCAGCGCAGGAGGCGGCGGGCGCGCAGGCUCGCGCGGCGCCAGCUGAUACCAUGGGCGGCGCGCACCAGCCCGCUACUCCGGGGCCCAGCUCGCUGUUUAUAUUCUCCGACGAAAAUCCUAUCCGGAGGUAUACAAAGUUUAUUAUCGAGUGGCCGCCUUUCGAGUACGCGGUGCUGCUUACCAUCAUCGCCAACUGCGUGGUGCUGGCGCUGGAGGAGCAUCUGCCCAACGGCGAUAAGACCAUCUUAGCACAGAAUCUGGAAAAGACCGAGGCGUACUUUUUAGGAAUAUUUUGUGUAGAAGCCUCGUUAAAAAUUUUAGCCUUAGGUUUUGUUUUACACAGGGGUUCUUAUCUUAGAAACGUUUGGAACAUCAUGGAUUUUUUCGUUGUAGUAACUGGUAUCAUCACGCAGCUGCCAAUCGCGCCCGCCGACGUCGACUUCAGGACCUUGCGUGCCAUUAGGGUGCUGAGGCCCCUUAAAUUAGUAUCGGGCGUUCCUAGUUUACAAGUGGUAUUGAAGUCGAUAAUCAAGGCGAUGGCCCCGUUGCUGCAGAUCGGCCUUUUGGUGCUUUUUGCAAUCGUCAUAUUCGCUAUCAUAGGCCUCGAGUUUUAUUCUGGGGCGCUACAUAAGACUUGUUAUAGCUUAGAAGAUAUUUCUGAAGUAGUUAACGAUGGCGAAUAUCCAACACCAUGCAAUGCCGACAACGAAUCGCUCGCACCUUACGGUGCGUAUGUUUGCACAUAUGACAAGAGUACGUGCCUGGAGAAGUGGGAGGGACCGAAUAGGGGAAUCACCUCCUUCGAUAACAUCGGCUUUGCUAUGCUCACAGUCUUCCAGUGCAUCACCAUGGAGGGCUGGACAGCCAUCCUCUAUUGGACAAAUGACGCGUUAGGUAGUACAUUCAACUGGAUUUACUUUGUUCCUCUCAUAGUAUUGGGUUCAUUCUUUAUGCUCAACUUAGUUCUCGGUGUUCUUAGCGGUGAAUUCGCUAAAGAAAGAGAGAAAGUAGAAAAUAGACAAGAAUUUCUUAAAAUAAGAAGACAACAGUUACUAGAGAGAGAACUCAAUGGUUACGUUGAGUGGAUUUGUAAAGCUGAGGAAGUUAUAUUAGCUGAAGAAAGGACGACAGAAGAGGAGAGAAUGCAUAUAAUAGAAGCAAGAAGAAGAGCAGCAGCAAAGAAGAAGUUAAAAAACUUAGGCAAAAGUAAAAGUACCGAUACUGAAGAGGAGGAACAGGAUGAGGACUGCGGGGAUGACGUUCCAAAGAAAAAGCAAGGUUUUUUGAAAAGCAAAGCACGCUCCGCGGGUAAAUGUGCGGACUUCUGGCGAGCUGAAAAGAGAUUUCGUUUUUGGAUCAGGCACACGGUGAAGACGCAGUGGUUUUAUUGGUUCGUCAUCGUCCUGGUGCUCUUCAACACAAUAUGCGUAGCCGUUGAGCAUUAUAGACAACCUAAGUGGCUUACUUCAUUUUUAUACUAUGCCGAAUUUGUGUUCUUGGGGUUAUUCAUGAUGGAGAUGUGGGUGAAAAUGUAUGCCCUCGGGCCUCGUAUUUACUUCGAAUCAUCUUUCAACCGCUUUGACUGUGUUGUCAUAUCUGGCUCCAUCUUCGAAGUGGUAUGGUCAGAAGUAAAAGGUGGCUCUUUUGGUCUCUCUGUCCUUAGGGCUUUGAGACUAUUGAGGAUAUUUAAGGUUACAAAAUAUUGGUCGUCGCUCCGCAAUCUUGUGAUAUCUCUUCUAAACUCAAUGAGAUCUAUUAUCUCGUUGCUGUUCCUUCUAUUCUUGUUCAUUCUUAUAUUUGCUCUACUUGGAAUGCAAUUGUUUGGUGGGCAGUUUAACUUCGAGGAAGGCACUCCACCGACCAAUUUCAACACAUUUCCGAUCGCGCUGCUUACUGUCUUCCAGAUUUUAACAGGUGAAGAUUGGAAUGAAGUUAUGUAUGAUGGGAUACAAUCUCAGGGUGGUAUACAGAGAGGCAUGAUCUACUCGCUAUAUUUUGUCAUUCUUGUGUUGUUCGGGAACUAUACUCUUCUGAACGUGUUUCUUGCCAUCGCCGUGGAUAACUUGGCUAACGCUCAGGAAUUAACAGCAGCUGAAGAAGAGCAGGUCGAAGAAGACAAACAAGCAGAGUUGGAGAAAGAGAUGGGUGCUUUACACGCGAUGGAUGGAACACCGUCUCAUAACAUUAUUCAAACUCCAUCAUGUAGGAAGAAUAAAAAGAAAGAAGAGGCCAAAAAAGAUGAAGAAGAGAUACCAGAUGGACCAAAACCAAUGCUGCCAUAUUCGUCCAUGUUUAUUUUGUCACCUACUAAUCCCAUUAGACGUGGCGCACACUGGAUUGUAAAUUUAAGAUAUUUUGAUUUUUUUAUUAUGAUAGUAAUUUGCAUGAGUUCUGUGGCUUUGGCAGCGGAAGACCCCGUAGUCGAAGAAAGUAAUAGAAAUAAAGUACUAAAUUACUUCGACUACGCGUUCACUGGAGUCUUCACUGUGGAGAUGCUGCUUAAGAUAGUCGAUCUCGGCAUCUUGUUUCACCCAGGCGCGUAUUUGCGCGAUCUCUGGAACAUCAUGGAUGCCGCGGUUGUUAUCUGCGCCCUUGUCAGCUUCGGUUUUGAGAUCGGAGGUGUGAAGAAGGGGGCGGGACAAAAUUUGUCCACAAUAAAAUCGUUACGAGUGUUAAGAGUGCUCAGACCUUUAAAAACUAUAAAGCGUGUCCCAAAAUUAAAAGCAGUGUUUGACUGUGUUGUGAACUCUUUGAAAAAUGUCAUAAACAUUCUCAUAGUGUACAUAUUGUUUCAAUUCAUAUUCGCUGUAAUCGCAGUGCAACUUUUUAAUGGUAAAUUUUUUUACUGCAACGAUAUCAGUAAGAAUACUUUUGAAGACUGCCAAGGAUCAUAUUUCUUUUACGAACCAAACAGCCUCCUGCCGAAAGUGAGCAAGCGCCAGUGGACGACGCAAUCUUUCCACUACGACAAUGUCGCCUCCGCUAUGCUCACGCUCUUUGCGGUGCAAACGGGAGAGGGCUGGCCACAAGUAUUACAAAACUCAAUGGCUGCCACCUACGAGGACCGGGGACCGAUACAAAAUUUUCGAAUAGAAAUGUCCAUAUUUUAUAUAGUUUACUUCGUGGUGUUUCCUUUCUUCUUCGUUAAUAUAUUCGUAGCUUUGAUUAUUAUUACAUUUCAAGAGCAGGGUGAAGCGGAGUUACAAGAUGGUGAAAUUGAUAAGAAUCAGAAAUCAUGUAUAGACUUCACGAUAGAAGCACGACCUCUAGAGAGGUAUAUGCCAAGUAAAAGGGGGAGUCUUAAGUACAAAGUGUGGAGAAUAGUAGUCUCUACACCUUUUGAGUACUUCAUUAUGGCACUCAUUGUGCUAAAUACGUUAUUGCUCAUGAUGAAGUACUAUAAUCAAAAUGACCUCUACGCGGAUAUCCUCAAGUAUUCGAAUAUGGGGUUUACUGGAAUGUUUUCUGUGGAAACUGUGUUGAAAAUCAUCGCUUACGGUGUCAAAAAUUUUUUCAAAGAUCCUUGGAAUACAUUCGAUUUUAUAACGGUCAUUGGAAGUAUUAUUGAUGCACUUAUAAUGGAAUUUGGCAACGACCUUGCUGAAAACUGUGCUGACAUAUCCUGUCAGCAGGAGAACACAUUUAACGUAGGUUUCCUUCGCCUGUUUCGAGCCGCGCGACUGAUCAAGCUGCUUCGACAGGGUUAUACUAUUCGAAUACUUCUGUGGACGUUCGUGCAGAGUUUUAAAGCCUUACCCUAUGUGUGCCUUCUCAUCGCGAUGCUAUUCUUUAUCUACGCCAUUAUCGGGAUGCAGGUGUUUGGCAAUAUAGAAUUAGCAGCAGAAUCUGAUAUGAAUAGACACAAUAAUUUUCGAAGCUUUAUUCAAGCAUUAAUGUUAUUAUUUAGGUGCGCUACAGGGGAGUCGUGGCCAAACAUUAUGUUAGCUUGUCUGAAGCCGGCCAAAUGCGACAGGGAAGCCGAUAAACCCCCAAACGAAUUCUGUGGCAGCACUUUAGCCUAUGCGUAUUUUGUGUCUUUCAUAUUUUUCUGCUCGUUUCUCAUGUUAAAUUUAUUCGUUGCUGUUAUCAUGGAUAAUUUUGACUAUUUAACAAGAGACUCGUCCAUUCUUGGAGCUCAUCACUUAGACGAAUUUGUCAGAAUUUGGGCUGAGUAUGAUCCAAAUGCAACAGGGAAAAUCCAUUACACGGAAAUGUACGAUAUGUUAAAAAAUAUGGAUCCGCCUUUAGGUUUUGGUAACAAGUGCCCAAACAGACUAGCGUACAAAAAAUUAAUUAGAAUGAAUAUGCCAUUAGAUGAAGAAGGGAAAGUGAAUUUCACAACUACACUUUUUGCUUUAAUCCGAGAAAACCUAAGCAUAAAAAUGAGAUCUGCUGAAGAAAUGGACCAAGCUGAUGAAGAACUGAGGGAAACGAUAACCCACAUUUGGCCACUUCAAGCUAAGAAAAUGCUAGAUUUGCUGGUGCCUCGAAAAGAUGUUUUAAAUGUAGGAAAAUUAACGGUUGGAAAGAUCUAUGCAGGACUUCUUAUCCUAGAGAGCUGGAGAUCGACUAGGUUUGGCAAGAACAAACCAGAGGGCGUUCCGAAGGCGUCCUUGUUUAACUGCCUGCUGGAUGCGGCGGCAGCCGGGCUGGGUCAAGGCUCGCGGACCGGCUCAUUAAGUCACGAGUUACCCGGAAUACCAGCUGAUGGCCAUCCUGAUGACUCACACAGUUUAGCUAAUCUCGCUAAACGAUCCUCAAGAAAAUCUUUCAAGAACAAUAAAAAGGUGAUUACUGUUGGUGAACAUAUUGACCCAAUCAUUAUUGCCUUCAUACAAACAGCGCAAUGCUAGUUUUAAAUGAACACGAGUAUUUGUCUGUCAAAAUUAAUGACUAUUAUAUUAUAUUGGCAAUAACUUUCUUAACUUAAAUAUAAAUAAUUCUGUAAUGUUCUGGGUUGAAGUGUUCGAUUGUCGUAUUAUUGACAAAUGGGUGUAUCUUAUUUACUAACUUAUUAAAUAUUUCUUUGCCCUAGAUAGUUGGUGUUGUAACAUUGUUAGUCUCGCUGUUUCGAUGUGUUGUCCUAAUGAAGAUACUGUAAUCGAUUAUGUUCCUCGUUUCAUCGUUUAGCUUUAUUAAAUAAUAAUCCUUGUUUCUGUAGGUCUAAAGUAUGGUAAAUAUACUUAGGGGCUUAGGCCCAUUACACGUCUUCUUCUAUAGAUUAUGUUGUACUGAUAACUACUUUUGGUUUAACGUUCACAGGUUGUUGAUGUUUAGGUAAUUUUUUUCAAUGUAAUAACGCAGUUUUAUUUGUAGAAUAUUGAUGUUUGUAUAACGAAUGAUUAUGAUUAGGUACAAUAUAGUGAAUGAUAUAUGUAUAUUUUUUAACUACUAGGGAUUUUACUAAAAUGAUAUUAGACACAGCACUUUCAUGAACGAAACACGAACACAUUAACAAUACUAUCAUUUCCAUACUUAAAACUGAUAUACAUAACGACUCUAAAUCUGUGUCAUAAACGCAUGGAUAUCUAAACACAAUAUCGCAUGAUAAUAAUAAAUAGUUUUAUUACUAGUAGAUCUAAUUCUGAUAAUUAUGGUAAGUAAUUAAUGUGUUUUAAUCUGUAAUGCACAAGCACAAUUGCAUGCACUGCAAACUGUAUUUAGGCACACUAGAUGUGCAUUAAUGUUGUUUACUUAGACCAUUUUGUAAAUAUGGGACAGUAAAUGCAUAAGUCUUGUAAACACGAUAAUACUUCGA